UUUUAGCAGGAACAAAAUAUUAGUACAAAACAUAGAUCUCCCUUGCCUCUUUUUCUCUCAUCUUUCACGUCUUUUUGCCAAUUUCUUCGAUCUCUAAAUUCAAAUCAUUAAACCUCAUUCUUUAACAAAUCAUACCGUCAACAAUCAACAGUUUAGUUAUUCCUUUUCAAAUCAUUUCCAUUUUUUUCACUAUAAUUCUUUCGCGGAUUUGUUUCUCUUUUCUGAACUUAGUAGUAAAUUCUUGGAUUUACACAAAAAAUUAUGAACUAAAACCAUUGUUUUACCUAAUUUUUUGAAUGUUGAUAGAUUGCUGUUUUUUUUACUAUGAUAUGCUGAUUUCGGUGUUUGUAUCACCGAUCAUACAAAUUCUUACGAUUUGAAUAAAUUUCUCCCAUUUUGGUGCAAUUUUUGUUAUUUUUGCUUGAAUUAUAUAUUUCGGGGAAGUAAGUGAUGUCAUCAUCAUCUAAAGUAGUGUAUGAAGGAUGGAUGGUGAGAAUUGGGAGGAGAAAAAUUGGUCGAUCUUUUAUUCAUAUGAGAUAUUUUGUUCUUGAGCCUCGUCUUCUUGCUUACUAUAAGAGAAAACCUGAAGAUAAUCAGGUACCCGUCAAGACACUUGUUAUAGAUGGAAAUUGUAGGGUGGAGGAUCGAGGCUUGAAGACACAUCAUGGGCAUAUGGUUUACGUCUUAUCUGUCUACAACAAGAAGGACAAGUACCACAGGAUUACGUUGGCAGCUUUUAACAUCCAGGAAGCUUUAAUCUGGAAAGAGAAGAUUGAGCAAGUCAUUGAACAGCACCAGGACUCACAAGUUGUCAAUGGCAACAAGUAUGUAUCUUUUGAGUAUAAAGCGGGUUCUGAUUCUAUAAGAAAUGCUUCUUCCUCAGAUCAUGAAAGUCAACUUAGUGCCCAGGAAGAUGACGAAGAUGGUUCUAAUUUAUUGAGGAGAACAACUAUUGGAAAUGGACCUCCAGAGGCUAUCCUCGACUGGACCCGUGAAAUAGACUCAGAUCUAUCCCAACAUACUAAUAAUCAAGUUUUCUCGCGAAAGCAUUGGCGUCUUCUUCAAUGUCAAAAUGGGCUCCGCAUAUUUGAAGAGCUUUCUGAAGUUGACUAUCUUCCGAGAAGUUGUAGUAGAGCGAUGAGGGCUGUUGGAGUUGUUGAAGCUACUUGUGAAGAGAUAUUUGAGCUUGUUAUGAGUAUGGAUGGCACACGAUUUGAAUGGGAUUGCUCUUUCCAGUAUGGUAGUCUAGUGGAGGAGGUGGAUGGACAUACGGCUGUAAUAUAUCAUCGGCUUCUGCUUGACUGGUUUUCUAUGUUUGUAUGGCCUCGUGACCUCUGCUAUGUGCGUUAUUGGCGACGUAAUGAUGAUGGAAGUUAUGUUGUAUUGUUCCGCUCUAGGGUGCAUGAGAAUUGCGGCCCUCAGCCAGGAUUUGUGCGAGCACAUCUUGAGAGUGGUGGGUUCAACAUAUCACCUCUAAAACCACGUAAUGGCAGGCCCAGAUCACAGGUGCAGCACCUUAUGCAAAUUGACUUGAAAGGAUGGGGUGUAGGCUAUGUCUCAUCUUUCCAGCAGCACUGCCUCCUUCAGAUGUUAAACAGUGUUUCAGGAUUACGAGAAUAUUUUGCUCAAACUGAUGAUAGGGUUGCUACUCCCAGAAUCCCUGUUAUGGUCAACAUGACCUCGGCAUCUAUGUCUUCAAAAAAGAACCAAAAAUUUGAGUCAUCUAUGCAUCAUGGUUCUCCUGAUCGGGAUAUUGUUCCCAAUAGAAACUCUGUUAUGUUGGAUGAAGAUUCUGAUGAAGAUGAGGACUAUCAAAUACCUGAGGCAGAUCAAGAGGUUUAUUCAUCUACACCUGAAAAUGAAGUUAAGAAAACAGCUGUUGAAGAAGUGAUUGAUCAGAUUGACUUAACAAUGUUUUCUGGAACUUUACGACGAGAUGACAAUGAAAAUGCUCGCAAUUGCUGGAGAAUAUCCGAUGGAAACAAUUUUAAAGUUCGUAGUAAGAGCUACUGCCGUGACAAAUCCAAAGUAGUUGCAGGGAAACAUUUGAUGGAUCUUGUUGCAGUUGAUUGGUUCAAGGAUUCAAAGCGGAUGGACCAUGUUGCUAGACGUCAAGGCUGUGCAGCACAGAUUGCUGGAGAGAAAGGAUUAUUUUCUUUAGUUAUGAAUUUUCAAGUGCCAGGUUCAACUCAGUAUAGUAUGGUGUUCUAUUUUGUGACAACAAAAUUAACACCUGGCUCACUACUGCAACGUUUUGUUGAUGGUGAUGAUGAGUUUCGUAAUGGUAGACUAAAGCUGAUCCCUUCAGUUCCCAAGGGCUCUUGGAUUGUUCGUCAGAGUGUUGGAAGUACUCCCUGUUUACUUGGGAAAGCCAUUGACUGUAACUACAUCCGUGGGCCCAACUACUUAGAAGUUGAUGUCGAUAUUGGAUCUUCAACAGUCGCCAAUGGAGUUUUGGGCCUUGUGGUUGGGGUGAUCACAACAUUGGUGGUUGAUAUGGCCUUCCUUGUACAGGCAAAUAGCGAAGAUGAGUUGCCAGAGAGACUGAUCGGCGCUGUCCGUGUUUCUCAUAUUGAACUAUCCUCUGCAGUGGUGCCAGUUUUGCCACCCGAUGAAUGAGUAAAAAGCUCUGGUUGGAUGUAAAUGUGCAUAUAUUCAUCCAGAUAUAGCAUACAUUCUUUUCCUCUAGCUGAUGAUAUUGAUUCCCAAUGUAAAACCCAUACCAUCAACUAUGUCACCUGGAAUAGUUGAAAAACAAACUGCAACAAGCACUUGCAUAUUGUAUAUUUUUGGUGCAAGAUUGCAGCAACGAGAUUAUCCUAUAUUCGUUCCUAAGGUGUUGAAUCUUGCGAUUUACUCAGCCCAGCCUGCAGAACAUAUCGAGGUUCUACAAGUUUUAGCAAUCACAAUGGUUGCAUUCGAAGAUCUGUUUGAUUUUUGAGUUUUAAUUUGAAUUUGAUUUGUCUGUAAUCUGUAUUACUCAGUUGCACAGUAUAUCUAGAUUAGCACACCAAGUUCUGUAGUAAAUGAAUGUUCAUUUUUUCCUUUUGGCUAUUACAGUUACAGUAGAAAUUUCCGGACUCCAGAGUACAUAAUAUAGACAUGUAGUGUCAACUUUAAAUGUUCCACAUGAAUUUCAUUUGCUAUGUCUUAGUGCAUAACAAGCCACUUUUCCCUUGUGAAA